AUGCUGCGGCGAGUUGUGCGACAGAGCAAAUUCCGCCACGUUUUUGGUCAGGCUGUGAGGAAUGACCAGUGCUACGAUGACAUCCGCGUGUCCAGGGUCACGUGGGACAGCUCCUUCUGCGCCGUCAACCCCAAGUUUGUUGCCAUCAUCAUAGAGGCCAGCGGGGGUGGAGCAUUUCUUGUCCUCCCGCUACACAAGACCGGCCGUAUAGACAAGGUCUUCCCAACAGUUUGUGGUCACACUGGCCCUGUGUUGGAUAUUGACUGGUGCCCUCAUAAUGAUCUCAUCAUUGCUAGCGGCUCAGAAGAUUGCACGGUCAUGGUUUGGCAGAUCCCUGAGAAUGGACUGGAGAUGUCCCUUUCCCAGCCUGUGGUGGUAUUAGAGGGCCACUCCAAGAGGGUCGGCAUUGUGUCUUGGCAUCCCACCGCACGCAACGUUCUCCUCAGCGCAGGGUGUGACAACCAGAUCGUUAUUUGGAAUGUGGGCACGGGAGAGGCCAUGAUCAACCUGGAGGACAUGCACCCUGACGUUAUCUUUAGUGUCAGCUGGAGCCGCAAUGGCAGCUUAAUCUGCACCGCCUGCAAGGACAAGAAAGUGCGUGUUAUCGACCCCCGCAAAAAAAAGAUUGUGACUGAGAAAGACAAAGCCCACGAGGGAGCUCGGCCGAUGAGAGCCAUCUUUUUAGCAGAUGGAAAAAUUUUCACCACUGGAUUCAGCCGCAUGAGCGAGCGCCAACUGGCCCUGUGGAAAACUGAAAAUAUGGAUGAGCCAAUAUGUGUUCAAGAGAUGGACACCAGCAACGGAGUCCUGCUGCCGUUCUAUGACCCUGACACCAACAUAGUGUACCUGUGUGGAAAGGGCGACAGCAGCAUUCGGUACUUUGAGAUCACUGAGGAGGUGCCAUAUGUUCACUUCCUCAACACAUUCUCCACUAAGGAGCCUCAGAGGGGUAUGGGGUACAUGCCCAAAAGAGGGCUGGACGUCAACAAAUGUGAAAUUGCAAGGUUCUACAAACUACAUGAGAGAAAAUGUGAACCGAUCAUCAUGACAGUCCCACGUAAAUCAGAUCUGUUCCAGGACGACCUGUAUCCAGACACAGCAGGUCCGGAUCCUGCCCUGGAGGCUGAAGAGUGGUUUGCUGGAAAGAACGGGGGCCCCGUCCUCAUCUCGCUCAAAGACGGCUACGUGUCUAUAAAGAACCGUGACCUGAAAGUGGUCAAGGCAAACGUUCUAGAGAGUAAGCCAAGCACAAAAGUAGAGAACAUCUCGACUACUCUCCACAAGCAAGCUUCUCCGCAACAAUCGAUAAAAAUGGAAGACAAACUGGAAGAAGUACUCAGAGAGUUCAAGUCACUCAGGGACCGUGUCAUCCUUCAAGACCGUCGAAUCGCCAGACUGGAAGAGCAAGUUGCCAAGGUUUCCAUGUAGGACAAGGGGCUGCCCGUUUCUGCGGAAAGAAUCGAACGGUCGAUGUUUGCCACGGCUGUCAAGAUUUCAGCUUCAAUCAGCUUGGUGACGAGAUCCAGCUGACAUUCCAGGAUGAACUUUAUUUUCCCCUCAUCGAGCAUCUUGUUUCACAUUUUGCCCUGAUACACAGAGAUAACGGGAGGAAAAACUCACAGGUCAAAUAGGCUUUUGAAGAAGACUUUUUUUUUGUUGAAGGAAGUCUUAAUUUUUUUUAUUAUUAUUAUUGUGGGAAAACCUUUUUAUGUGAAGUUUGUGCUUUUACUCAAACUGUAUGUAGCAUCAGUGUUUUUAUUUUAUUUUAUUUUGUGAGUGUGUUGCCAAAUUGAACUUUAUGCCAUUUCUUGCACUGCUUUUUGCUUUUAUUUUCUCAUCCGUUUUACAUUCCAGUCAUAACUUGAUAAAAUGGUAUUCUCAAGCUGGAUUUUUUUUUUCUUACAACUAAGAGCUGUUGGGCCCCCCCCCCCCUGUUUUGGCUCCAACAAGUUUGUUCAUUGAUAAGCAUCAGAUUUUUAUGACUGUGGAAGAAUUCCUUUAAAAAUGUUUUGUUCCAGUCCUGGGCCUGAAAUUGAACAUGGGUUUAUUUGGAGGCGUGUCUAUCUGGUGUAAAUGUGCAAACAUAGUGGUUCCUUUUAUCACUGUUAAGGGUCCGAAUUAAAUGGCCCUCUGCAGUGCAUAUUUGAUGUUGGGAAGGGAACACUUGCCCAACUUGUGUUUCGCUGAAACCCUGACAAACAGUUUUGUGCACAUAAUAAAGAUUUUACACGUGAAAA